ACCCAGUUCACGCGGUUAAACACUCGACACCUGCGUUGCCGCCGUUCGUGUGUACUAUGUAGUCGCUCGCCGGCGAUGCUGUGUGUGCUUACUGUGCUUUACCUUGCUUUACUUUACUACACUUUACUUUACUAUACUGUAUGGAUGAAGAACACAUGCUACCCAGCGCCCACUCCACGCUCCUCGCUCCUCGCUCCACGCUGCACGCUCUCCACUGCCCGCCCAAGGCACUUCCACACGCCCCGUGACUACCGCAGCGCCGCGGGAAGGGCAGGCGCGAUGUGGUAUGUAGCGCGCGCGGAGAGCUGCGGGUAGAGUAUGUACACGGAAGAAACGGGCUGAGGAGAGAGUGUCACCGAGUAGAAGACACAUGUACUGUGUGCGAGACC